AUGAAUUUCAUAAUUAGGAUUAGGUUGCACAUCAAGAAGCACUUUUCAUACCCUUACUUAUCCGAAGAACAACAUAGAAUUGGGUUGCACAGGUUCCAGCAUGUUCAUCUGCACAGGAAAAAAGUAACUGAAGAAGAACAUGAACACAUGAAGUUAAACUGCAGAAGCGUUGAUGCCAUCCUCGACCAGUUCAACCUAGCAAGCACCUUUGGAGCUACGAGCAAGCGCCACAAAACAUACAUACAUCACAUCACAAUAGGUAAUCAAGCCAAUAAAAAAGCAAGAAAUCCAGAACAGAUCGGAGGCUCGAGCUCACCAUUGAUACUGAUCUUGAUCAGUGCUGUGCAGACCAUGGAAAUCAAACAAAAAAGACAGAAGAUUAAUCCUCCAAAGCACCACCAGAAAUCCAAGAUCAGUAUGGCCGCAUCAGGCGCGACCAAGGGCCCCAACGUGAGGAGGCAGGCAGCGGAGCGUUCCAUUGGUAUCGGGGCCGCGACGGCGAUGGCCGCAUCUUGUGCUUCUGAGGACGCCAGCGCGAGGAAACCCGAAGCAGAGCGGCGCGUCCGAGGUGGCCAGUGUGAGGAGGACCAGGAGCAGGUGUGCGUACAGGCUGAUUCGGCUGAGCGGGGAUGGCCGCAUCGAUGA